AUGGGUUCUUCGCGUACUUUGGCGGGCUCCAUUUUGAACACGACAAUAGUCUUUUGGGGCCUGGGCGCUCGCUGCGCAGACACUGCGGCUGGACGGGCAAAGAGUCGAAACCCGACGAAAAACGGAACUGCCUCCACAUCUCUUCCCACAGCACUUUCCAGCUACAUCUUGCCAUUUUGCGAAUUUGGCAACGGUCUCUUCGACGAUGGAGUAAUUCUCGAAGAACAUGUCGUCCAGCCGAGUCUGAUCGGCUGUGUUGACGGCGUGGCCUACUCGAUAAGCCAGAAAUACAUGCCCUUGCCGUCGGUGUCGGAGCUGGCCGCGUGCUCUUCCAAGGGAUUGGCCGCACUCUCUCAGGUCAUCGACGUCCCGCUAUCAACCUCGAUUCGUGGUAUCCGUACUCCAUAG